AUGAGCGCUUUUCGCAGCCGGUGUCGUUACUCGCCGCUGAUUGGUCAGGUGCGCGCCGGCGGUAUCCUCCUCCAGGGAGUCUGGUUUUGGCACGUUGGCGCCAUCUUGCGGUCGCCUGAUCGCUGGGCAGAACAAGAACACGAUAACAUCAUGCAUCUGUCGAUCGCCUUCGUGUGGGACGCUUUCGUAAUAAUCUUCAUCUACAUUCCUAUUACGGCGCUUGUUGGCUGGUUAAGCCGAGGACGGUACGGGGAAUCUGCAGACGUGAAACAGGCCGGGAAGCUGAGUUUACAAGAUGCGAGAACGUAUCAGCCUUUACAGAACUCGGCGGAAACUUCCCUGACACCGAAAGCCACUGAGUCAAUUUAA